AUGAACAAGGUGAUUUCCGGCUACUUUGACAAUGCUCAUCGAGGCCUCCAGCGGCAGCAGCAGGGCGAGCGCGUUCCCUCCGGCGCAGCCGUCCAGCUGCCUCCGCUCCGCAGUGAGGAGGAGAAGAUGACGCUCGAGUCCUCCAAGGCACAGUCCCGGAGCCUCGGCUCGUUGGUGGAGUUCACCUCCGACCAGGCUCGUGCCGGUGUCCAGUCGGACAAGUACCAGCAGGCCCUUCAGGACAACGCCCAGCUCAUGAAGAAGGUACGCCAGAUGCAGGAGCAGCUUGCAAUCACCUCGGCGAAGAAGGAGGCCUUCAGAGCACAGGCGGCCCGCCUCGAGAAGGAGUUCAAGAAGGGGCGGGAUCAGUCGGAAGCCCUGCAGAAGGACCUCCUUGAGGCGAGGCGAGAGGCGAGCCAACUCACGAAGGAGUCGCAGGAGGCCAUGCAGAUGAUGACCGAGAUGCGGAAGGCGCAUAUCCAGGAGGUACGCCUGCUGCAGAAGGGCUUGCAGGCGCGCGGCUCCGGCGAGAUGCGGAACAAGGUGAACGAGGUGGCCGACCUCGUAGAUAAGCUCGGCCGAGCGGUACUUCAAAGGGAUGAAAACAUCCGGGAGAAGACGAAGGCGCAGGUGCGGCUCACCAAGGUUGAGGCGGACCUCCGUGCGCUCUCGGAGGAGUGUGGCCGGUUAAAAAGGCAGAACAAGUCGCUCAGCGACCAGCUUAGAGAGGCCAACCGGAGAGCCAGGUGCAUCUUCUGCAGCCUUGCGAUCUGCGCCCUCGCUCUGCCCUGCGCCUUCCUGCUCGGGGUUCCCGGGAAUGGGGCCCCGAAGAGGGUCGCGAAGAGGGUGCGGACCGCCCGCAGCGCCGCGGAUGCCACGGACGCCCUGGGCGCGCUCGAGAGCCUCGACGCCUCCACCCUGCUGGGCGGUGUGGUGGCCGCGGGCUCUGCUUUCGCCGCGUUCCAGGCCUUCCAGGGUCAGCGGAGGGCCGCGCUGAAGCAGGACCUCCUGUCUGCCGUUGAGGCCUCGCAGCGGGGAGCGGACUUGGCUCAGAACGAUCGGAUCAGCGCACUUUUCGCAGAACUGGAGGCAGUGAAUCCUAUACCUGACCCCCUGACGAGUGGAGUUUCGCAGCUGAAGGGUGAUUGGGAGCUUCUCUGGACCACCAGCAGCGCCAUACUCGGCCUCGGCCGGCCGCCGUUCAUCCGGCCAGCACAAGACAGGCCCAUCCUGCAGUACCUGGACCCCGUAGGAGGCGUCGCACGGAACCUGGAGUUCACGCCUCUCGGCCCGAACCGCGUGGACGCGGAGAUCCUGCCCCUGGGCCCAGAGCAGCGUGAGGCCUUCGUCUCGCGCCUCGAUGACUUCCUCCUCUUCAAGCAGGGGGCCGAGGAGAGGCCCGGAGGAACCUACCUACCACAAGUGGAGGGCCUGGAGAGGACCACGGUGGGAGUUCGAUUCAGGGUCUUCACCCUCUUCGGCCUCUUGCCCAUCCCGGCGCCCGACUCUGCCACGGGCAUCCUGCAGGUGACCUACCUGGAUGAGGACCUCCGGCUGAGCCGCGGCGACCGCGGGAACCUCUUCGUCCUCCGCAAGGUGAGCUCGGAGAUGAGCGCCAAGUUCGUGCCUCCACGGCCAGAUGCCGAUGCCCCUGACGAUAGCGACGAGGAGUUCGAGCACGAGCUCCUGGCUUUCGAGCAGAGGUUCACCAUCCUAGAAGAGGGCCCCGCAGGCCUCGACAUCCUUGCGAGCAAUCUCUCCAAGGACAAGCUCAACUUGGAGAAGAGGCUGAAGUCGUCCAACGAGAACGUCGACUCGCUGACAGCCUCCGUCGGCGGGUGGAAGCGGCUGAGUGAGGAGAAGGACUUAGAGAUCUCCGACCUCACCACCAAGCUGGAUCAGAUGAUGCGCGAGCACGCCGCCCUCGAGGAGGCCAUCGCGCAGAAGCGUCGUGAGAUCGAGCAGCAGGUGGCUGAGGAGAAGGCGGCUCUGGAGGAGAAGAUUCAAGAGCUGCAGCUCGAGUGGCUCUUCCUCUUUAAUUUAAGGAUGAAAUUUGGGAAGCUCAUCAAGCGUGUCGCGCCACCCUCGCUUCUGAACCAGUACGUCGCGUACGAUGUGCUCAAGAAGGCCAUUGCCAUCCUCCAGGAAGCUGAGAAGAAGCGCUCAGAAGAGGCAUCUUCAUCUGGCGCCGGGGACGUGGCAAGCACGGACGAACAGGAGGUCAGUGAAGCUUUCGGGAACUCCACCACGAGCGCAAGCGGACAGCCUCCUGAGUCCAGAUUCUACGAGCUCCUGAACCAUGAGAUGCAAAAGGUGAACCGCCACUUCUCGCUCCAGCUCCGGUCCAUCGUGGACAAUCUCAAGCAAGCGCAGACAGCUCUCUUCCAGCAUGGGAAGGCUGGAGGCAGCAAAGACAACCUGCCCGUGGCCGCCAAGUACCUUCAGACUGCGGCAGAUGUUCUGGUGGAAUUGGACAACUAUCGGACCCUCAACAAAACCGCCUUUAGGAAGAUCGCAAAGAAGUUUGACAAGGGCCUGACCACCAAGAAGCCGUUGUCGAAGUGGUUUAUGCCCCAGCUGGAGCGCGAGCAGUUCGUCGCGUACCCGUUAGAUUCCUUUCUGCUGGCACUGGCCCUGGGCUUCGGGGCACUCAGACGCUUCCAACCCAGCCAGCCUUCGCAGCCGCCUCGGAAGGCUUCGGCGACUGGGGAGGAGCGAACCACCACGCUGGUGCUCAACGGUGCCGGGCACAUUCGCGCCUUGUGCACGUUGGUGAAGAACUUCGACCUGGUCUUCCCGCCCCAGCAGGGACACUUUGCCUCGAACCCCGAGUCGAUGUCAGGCGAAGGGCUCACCCUUGAGCUCCAGAAGCUCAUCCGGGCCACGGGCAUGGGCAUCAUGCAGAGCCGCCUCUCCUCGAAGACGAGUACGGUCUACUUCGACUCUCCAUCAGCGGGCUUCCCGCUGUACCAGAAGCUCCUUGCAAAGGACGGCCCAAAAGGUGACUCCUUUGCCUUCCGCUGCCGACAAACAGGCAACGGCGAGGGUAGCGACCUGGUGGAGUUGGACCGAAGCAGUGCCGCACUGGACGUGCAUGCCUUUACGCCGGUGCAGCAGCUAGGCAGCCCCCAAGCUUUCCUACUGCAGGGGAGGCCGGAUGAAUCCAGCAUGGUCCCCAGUGUCCAGGCCGCUGCAGAGGGCCUCCGCGCCAAGCUCAGCGCCAAGGACCCCGCCCUGAUUUCUGCGCUGGGCGAGGGCGGCUGCGAGACCUUGGACAAGUUCGCAGAGCAGGUGGCCGGUGUCUGCUCGACGCCGGGAUUCCAGCCCGUGGCCACCAUCGGCGCCAGUCGCCACCUCCUGCGCAGCGGCAAUGUCCGGAUUGCCUUCGACCAGGACAUCCAGUACACCGGUAGCUUGGGCACCGGCGUCCAGGAGGACCAGGCCAUGACGUUCCCCUUCUGCUUGAUCGAGGUGGCUGGAGAAGACCUCGCAAGCACGCCAGCGUGGCUGGAGGAGCUUCGGCAGGAUGCAAGCCUGCGGCAGAUCCCGAACUUCAAUGUGGCCACCUACGUCCUGGCAAACUUGUACCAUGACACCAUCUCCCCCGUGCCCACCUGGUACGAAUUCUUCUCAGAGAGCGAGAGCGCGGAGAAGCAGGACCUGAACUUCGCACUGCAGAGUCGAGCCGAUGCGCGCGAGGCGCAGGAGGCUGCAGCGAACACGCAGGCGUGGAGGAAGAGCAUUCGGCUGGCGGGUCCGGAGGGCUUGGAGGUGGAUGGAACAAGCCAGGAGGAUGCCCGCAUCAUUGAGCCAAAGAACUUGCUUGCCUCAGAGAGGACCAUGCUAGAAUGGAUGCACACCGUCUUUGCGCUGGCUAUGAUUGCUAUAGGCCUGUGGCGCUAUAGCCUCACCGGGCACAUGAAACACACGGGGGGCGUCGACGAUCGGGAGGAAGCUCGCGGGCUCUGGCUGAAUCCCGCGAGCAAGUCGCGAGUUGCGCUUGGAGGCUAUGCCCUUUUCCUGGUCCUGCUUUCAGUUUGCUUCGCUUGGUAUGCGGUAUGGUCCCACCUCCAGCGUAUCAAGGCUUUGGUUAAGAAUGAUCAGAGUGAGCGCAUCUUCAAUCGCCGAACGGGGCCCGUGGCCUUCGCCGUCUGCGCGGGGCUGGGUUUGCUCGUCCACCUUGCCUUGCAGAUGGAUUCUCCUCACUAA